UCUGCCAUUUAUUAGCUGUUACUUAACUUUUUGGUGCCUCAGUUUCCCAUCUAUAAAAUGGGGAUGAAAAUAGAACCAACUUCAAGAGUGACCCUGAAACUGAAGAGUGCGAAUAACAAAGUGCAUGAAUAGAAAGCACAGUACAUGUUAGCUACUUAUAUUAAACUCAGAGCUGUGCUCACAGUAAACGGUAACUCAGGAGAGCACCCUCUGUGGAACAGCUUUUUGGAACCAGCCAAGAAAUGACUGCCUUUUCAAUACUCGGAGGGGGCCUUCCCCAUAGGGAGUUGUCACUGCUGGAGACUAUCAUCCCCAGGUUUGCUCCAGGACUGGGGCUCAAUGGAAGGUUGUGUGGCACUGCCCUCUGUGGCAGGCAGGGAUAACUGCAGGGCCAUGUUGGAUACGGUGGGAGUGGUCCAGGGAGGCCUGAUCCCCUGUCAUCUUGCCCCACAGAUCUACCGGAGGUGCUGGCUGGUGUUCCGGAAAUCCUCCAGCAAGGGGCCCCAGCGGCUGGAGAAGUAUCCGGAUGAGAAGUCAGUGUGCCUCCGAGGCUGUCCCAAGGUGACCGAAAUCAGCAAUGUCAAGUGUGUCACGAGGCUCCCCAAGGAGACCAAGCGGCAGGCAGUUGCCAUUAUAUUCACCGACGACUCAGCGCGUACCUUCACGUGCGACUCAGAGCUGGAGGCAGAGGAGUGGUACAAGACGCUCUCUGUGGAGUGUCUGGGGUCACGGCUCAACGACAUCAGUCUGGGAGAGCCCGACCUCCUGGCCCCAGGGGUGCAGUGUGAGCAGACAGACCGCUUCAAUGUCUUCCUGCUGCCCUGCCCCAACCUGGACGUGUAUGGCGAGUGCAAGCUGCAGAUCACCCAUGAGAACAUCUACCUCUGGGACAUCCACAACCCCCGCGUGAAGCUUGUCUCAUGGCCCCUCUGCUCAUUGCGCCGCUAUGGCCGGGAUGCCACACGCUUUACCUUCGAGGCUGGCAGGAUGUGCGACGCUGGGGAAGGGCUCUACACGUUCCAGACACAGGAGGGGGAACAGAUUUACCAACGGGUCCACAGUGCCACCCUGGCCAUUGCCGAGCAGCACAAGCGGGUCCUGCUGGAGAUGGAGAAGAAUGUGAGGCUGCUGAACAAGGGCACGGAACAUUACUCAUAUCCCUGCACACCCACUACCAUGCUGCCCCGCAGUGCCUACUGGCACCACAUCACGGGUUCCCAGAACAUUGCUGAAGCCUCCAGCUAUGCCGGUGAGGGGUAUGGGGCAGCCCAGGCCAGCUCAGAAACGGACCUCCUCAACAGGUUCAUCCUGCUAAAGCCAAAGUCCACCCAGGGGGACAGCAGCGAGGCCAAAACUCCAUCCCAGUGACAACAGGGUUGGCACACACCGAUGACUGCUGGGGGCCACCAGUUGCAGGGCUGACUGCUGUGUACCGUGGACAGCCUCAAGGGGCCAUUGGCCAAGAGCCUGGAGAAAGGGAGCAAGCUGUCCCUUCCUUGCCCCCAAGGGUGAGGCUGGACCAAGGCAAAGGGCUGGCCACAUCACCUGAGCAUGUGUGAGGGGCUAGAGCUACCGUGGAACUAUAUACUGUUAAUGAUUUUAAUAUAUAUGGCUUAUGACAUAUUCUACAUUAAUGAGAUUUCCCCCUCUAUCCCUCCCUGCCAACACAUACACAUUUUUUAAUCCCGUGACUGAGCCAUGGUCAAGGCUGUUGUUGAGUAUGAGGGCAGUUGUUUCCCUGUCCGUCAUGGUACAGCCCUCCUGCUGCCAGGGCCAGAGAAAACGGACAAUCAGAACUCAAGGCUGGUACUCUGACCACUGGCUUUUCCCAAGCAGUCCAGGGGCCAAGACAGCAGGUGGCUCCUCAGUUCCUCUGGGCCUAAAGUGGCACCGGAAGGAUCCAGACUUCCACUGUGCCAUCUGGCAGCCUUGAACUUGGGAGUUUUAGGCAGAGGUGACAUCUGGUUGAUGCCUCAGGUGAAAAUCUGGUUUUAAAAUGUAAUUUCUGCACAGGCUUCUUCCUGCUUAGUAGGCUGAGAAGACGCCCUCAGGGUGGGGGUGCUGAUUACCUUGGCCAAGUGGAGGAUAGCUGGAGCUUGUUCCUGCCCAGGGCCAGGCCAGGAGGGAAGGCCGCAGCAGGACUGCUGUGGGGAGCACCCCUGCUGCCCCCUCACUGACCAGGGGUGGGCAAUGCCCCACCAGAGGGAGCCCCUCUGCCCUGUGUUUGGCCACCCUACGGCCAGCCAAAAGCACUCAGAAACCAAGACCUUCCCAUUUCCUCCUCCCCACAUGGUGCUGAGGCUCCCUGCUGAAAUGCAAUUAAAGCAAUUGAUUUUCUAGUGCUGGUAUUUAUGACUACCAUGCAGAAGGGCUAUCUUUCUAUUCUAUUCACAUCAAACCUUUAGUUGUUCGGGGUUUUUUUGUUUUUAAUACUUUAGGGUUCUGAUUUGUGGGAAUAGACCUUGUAAAUAACCACUAUUCAAGUUGUGGCAGGAUAAAGCAAAAGGCCCCCUCCCAAAGAAGCCCUAGAGCCAGGGAGGUGGCGUAGCCAGCUUAGCUCUGAACGUGACCCAGGAAUGAUCACCCAGAGGAAUAAGCUAGCCUAAAGAGGGGAACUGGGCUCCAAAGGCCUUGGGGUGGGGGUGGGGGAUGGGGAGGCAGAGCUGGCUGGCUCAGCUAGUGGCACGAUGACGCAUGAAGGAGAUUUUGUUGUGCUCUUUAUUGCCAAAAAUAAAAACUUUUAAAAAGA